UCAAAUCUCUCCCUCAAACUAUCAAACUCAUCAUUUUGGUUUUCCUAACCCUGUGAAGAUGAAGCUUGAAUUUGAAGUAAUUUCACAGGAAUUUGUCAAGCCUUCUUCUCCCACACCGGCCAAUCUCCGCCGUUACAAAUUCUCGUUUCUCGAUCAAGUCACCGCCGAUGUCUACAAUCCCAUGGUCUAUUUCUUCGAACUCAACGGAGAUUAUUCAAAUUUCACUGAAAUCGAAAUAAAAAACCACCUCAAACACUCACUCUCCGCCGUUUUGUCGGACUACUAUCCCCUCGCCGGCCGAGUCAAUUACGCCGAUUUCGAAAUCGAUUGCAACGACGACGGCGUUCCUUUUUUAGAAACUCGCGUCAAAUCCAAACUCCACGACGUCAUUUCCAAGUCCUUUCCCGAGGAUCUCAACUGCCUUGUACCCUUCGAAUUGGAUCGACUCAACGAAAUUUCCAUGGGAGUUCAACUCAAUUUCUUCGAAUGCGGCGGCAUCGGCCUCGGCGUUUGCGUUUCGCACAAAAUCGCCGAUGCUCUGUCGUUCUUCUCUGCUGUGAACAUCUGGGCGAAAGCAGCGCGCGGCGAGGCAGAGGCUCUCGGCCGGCCGCAUUUGGUGGCUGCGAAGCUGUUUCCGCCGAGGAAUGCGGCUGUUUAUAACACUGGGAACAGCAUCGUGAGAGAUAGAGUUGUGAGGAGAUUUGUCGUAGAAGGUCCAAAGGUGGAAGCCAUUAGAAAGCAAUAUGCAGAGAGCGCAUCCAUGGAAGGGCAGAGGCGUCCAACGAGAGUCGAGGCCUUAUCGGCUUUCAUUUAUGGUCGUUUCCUUGCCGCCAUUAACGACGAAUCCUCUGCUCAAACUGAUCGAUUCUUCUUAGUAUGUCAUACGGUGAAUAUACGCCAAAAGUUAUAUCCACCGCUUCCACAAAAUGCGUUCGGAAAUUACUACAGAAACGCCAUGACUCUCCCUUCCGCCGCAACACUCACCGAUGCCAACUGCUCCGCCUUGAUCAACGAGGUCAGACUUCAGGUCGCCAAAAUCAACCCCGAGUUUCUCAGGCAAUUCCAAGAAGAAAACGCGCAAUUGGAGACCAUCAAAGCUACGUCAGCCAGAUUCCUCAAAGGCGACAUCGUGUCCUGCGCCUUCACCAGCCUCUGCCGACUUCCUCUUUACGACGCCGAUUUCGGUUGGGGGUCGCCUGUCUGGGCCGCCUCGCCGGCGCUUCCUUUCAAAAACCUUUUCGUUCUUAUGGACGGGAAGUCCAGCGACGGCGCCGUGGAUGUUCUCGUGCAUUUGAAAGAAUCGAACAUGGAGAGGCUUGAAGUAGAUCGGGAGUUUCUCAAGUUUGCUUCUCCUACUGCUUCUUCUUAAGAUUAAUGUAUUUUUGUGUGUGGAGUGUUGUUUUCUUUAUAAUCCAAAGGGUUUUCUUUAAAAUUCUCCGAGUUUACCUGAACUAAUUCGGAUUAUAUGUUUUGAUUCACUAAUAGUUCAUAGUUGUGAUAUUUGGUUUCUUUAUAAUUUCAAAUUAACGAGUGAAUAAUAGUUUAAAUUUU